AUUUGCGUGGUUCUUUCCAAGCUCUUUUAGCACCUUUAGCUGCAUACCAGGUACCUAAAUAGUUGUGACUAGGGCGUCAUCGAUCAUAUCUAAUAAGAACCAUACUAUAUCUAACAACAAACUUCAACAUACCUCCUUCAUAAACGAAUCUCAGCCUCGAUAAACAUCAUUCCAAAACAACAUUUCCCUUCAAUCGACCAAAAUGGCAGCCCCGACUGAAGCACAGAUUGCGCAUCAGGAGCUCAUCGACCAGCUCGACAUCCAUUCCAUCCACAAGAGCUUCCGGAAUCCUCACUGGCGACCUAAUCAGCGGCGCAACAAGAACAUUAAGACCAUCCUUGGCGAUGCCUCUCGCAAGGAGGCUACAUCUAUCGUCGCUACUCCUCAGGAUAAUAGCGGUGCCGUUACUCCCACUCCUGCUGACGACGGGCUCUCAACUAGCGGUUCUUCGACGCCCGCGCAGCAGUCUGCUACUAGUGCAAACAACAACUCGAACUUGCAGCCGAAUCUUGCCCAGGCUUCACGUAGUUUGUCGAAGCUAGUUCUUGAAAAGAGCUUGCGACCGGGUGGAACUGGUGGGAGUGGAGGAGCGACGGUCUCGGCGGCACCAAGCGCGACGUACACGAACAUCGAGUCGGCACCUUCACUCGCACACACGAAGCGGUAUUGCGACGUUACUGGUCUCCCUGCUCCUUACUUAGAUCCCAAAAGUCGACUACGAUACAACAGCAGGGAAGUCUUCGGCUUUAUCCGCACUCUACCACAGGGCGUAGCCGAGCAGUACCUGGAGGCCAGAGGUGCACACACGGUCUUGAAAUGAAGAGAAUUCGGCGAUUCGAGAUGUAUGCAAGCGGUUUUAUCAAGCAUUAUGGUUCUACUUAAUUCUGCCUUGUCAUUUCCACCUCGGCUACAGGAUUUACAAAGACAAACACCAUGUGCAAUGUCCUUUAAUCUUUAGAGGGUUUAGAGGCAUAUCUAUUAUUUGGGGAAUUAGAGGCCAAUUGGCCAAAGGAACAACGGCACAUAUACAUAUGUUCGACCAACAAAGUCAAGCCUAUCCUACGCAUCGGUCACCUCUCGACAACCGAUGUAAGGUUACGCUCCGGCUUAAUCGUGAUCAGGAAAAUGGGUUUGUUCUCCGCCUGUAACUGACGGGUACCGAGAAUGAAUGGGGAUGAUCAAUCUCAGUGACCAUAGCUCGAGAGCUAAGGACGCCGCGGCAGGAUAUCAUAGCAAUUGCCAAUUGGCCUUCUUCGGAAGGCCAGUUCGACAGCGUUCAGUUAAUAAAAACAUAUAUCAACUCCA